ACUCAACAACAAUUCAAAACAAAUAAUAAAAAGACGGAAUACCUUCAUUCAAGAUUACAUUGAAUUUAGCUGCUUAUGAUUUAAACUGAAAUACAGGUCGGUAUAUAUGAGUGAGCCUUACAUUUUCCAAGAAAAAUGCAAACAAGCUUAGAACGACAAGCCUUAAAAGAAAUCAGUAACCAAGAAAAAUCAAACGUUAAAGCCUCUACCACAGUAAAAGUGAAAGAGCUCAAACGUGUAUCGUCUGAUUAUUCGGACGUGGGAUAUCCAUAUACGGAAGAAAGGGGAAGAUUAACAGCAAGAGAACAAAUCAACGAACAAUUCAAAGAAAUAUUAUUUCCUUACUCAUCUAAUGAGAAAUCAAUUUUAGAAGAAGCCAUUGACUUGACGUUUCAUGAGAUUGAGUCGGAUGAGGAAGAAACAAGCCCGGAGGAUAUCUUGGAGGACACUGAACAAGAAAGCAGCUAUAUUGAUGAGACAGAAGUAGAAUCGUAUAUUGAAGAGAAACUCAAAAUUGAUUAUGAAGCAGAUACUACGGUUUCCGUUGAAUAUGCCAAAGACAUUUUCUGCCAUAUGAAACACUUAGAGAAUCGACUUAUGCCUGACUAUGGAUACUUGGCUUCUCGUCCAUUUCAUGUUUUGGAAAUGAGAACCGUGGUCAUCAGUUGGAUUAUAGGGAUUCAUUACGAAAUGAACCUUUUACCGGAAACACUGUUUCUAGCAACCAACAUUUUCGACCGAUUUUUUUCGCUGAAAAAUGUAGCCAUUUCAAAAAUGAAACAAAUCGCCAUGGCCGCUUUGCUUUUAGCCUCCAAGUACGAAGAAAUUCAUCCCCCGAGCAACAAAGAAGCAUGCAGUUUGCUUGGAGAGGGGACGGUUGGUGAUUUGUGCAAAGAAGAAACAUACAUCCUAAUCGUGCUGCAAUAUGAAUUAGGAUGGCCGGGCCCUAUGCCAUAUAUGCGCUUACUUAGUAUUUCGGAUGGCUGGGAUGCUGAUAUGCGAUUAGCGGUUAAGUAUUUUCUUGAAAUCUGUAUGCUGGAUCCAAGAUUUCUAAGUCAAAAGGCAAGUCAAACAGUUGCUACGUGUGCAUACACGGCCUAUUGUAUCCUACACAACGGAAACUGGAGCGGUACAUUGCACAAACUGACGGGCUACCACUGUGCGAACGUUGCUCCUUUUAUGCACUUAUUGCUAGAGUGUUUGCAGAACCCAGCUGAAAACCAUCGAUGCGUUUAUGCAAAAUAUUCCACUAGGAUUUCGCGAUACAUAAGUCAGCGCAUUCAUGAGUGGAUUCGUAUGAAUAUUCAAGUGUCCUCGCCAGGACCGUAUAUGUAAUACCAUGUAAAGUAUAGCAUAGCAUAAUAUACCAAUUUAUUCUAUUC